AUGUCCAAAUCCUCCCCUUCAGGCCUCACAAAGGCCUAUCUCCUCGCCUACAAUGCUACUAGCUUCGGUCUCUGGGCGACAUGCACCCUGCGCGCUGCAUCUCUAAUCCCCCUCCUCGCGCCCUCCGGCCACCUCCCCGCAAUCUUCAACGCCAUCUUUUCCCCCCUCCUCACAACAACCCAGUCGCUCGCCCUCCUCGAGAUCCUGCACAGUCUCGUCGGCAUCGUCCGCGCCCCCGUCUUCACCACCCUCAUGCAGGUCUCGUCCCGCAUCCUCGUCGUCUGGGGCAUCAUGUACCUCUUCCACGACCGUGGGGAUGGAAACGGCGGCAUUCUCGGCGAUUAUGCGUUUUUGGGCUGCUUGGGUGCGUGGGGUGUGACUGAGUGCAUUCGGUAUGGGUUUUUUGCGUUGCAGGUUUGGGGGAGUGGCGUGCCGGCUUGGUGGACUUGGUUGAGGUACAAUACUUUCUACGUUCUCUACCCCCUUGGAAUUACCAGUGAAUGUAUCCUGGUUGUCAAGGCGUUGGGGCCUGCUGCUAAGUUGCACCCUCUUUACUGGUGGUUCUUGGUAGCUGUUCUUGCAAUCUAUGUUCCUGGCUCGUACAUUCUCUACACUUACAUGAUGGCUCAGAGACGCAAGGUUCUCAAGAAGAAGGGAAGAGCUGAGUAG